AUGAAGGCACAGUUGGCUGCUGGCGUUGCGCAGAUCGUCAUCUGCGGCUUCGGCUGCUUCAUAUCAAGUUGCGUCUGCGGCAUCGUCGUCUUCAGACAGCGCUCUCAAGAUCUGCUCUACAAAAGUUUGGCCCUGCUUGUCAUUGCUUUCUUGCUGCCAUGCUGGGUUGGCAUCGCCGUGUAUGCAACCGGCGUAAGCGGGUAUGGUCCACCGGACACGUGGCCAAUACUCCUCUGCAAAUGGCAAGGCUACUUCGAGAACAUGUACGCGCAUAUCGUUGCAGCUGCAUCGUUGCACUACUGUCUCAUGUGUCUCGAGCUCAUCCUCAAGACCGACGCAACUCUAGCCGAAGUUCGAUACAGCGUUCACGUCAGUCCGUCCAAUACGAUACAUCCUGCUUCCGCCGAUUCGCGAGGAUGGUGGCAAAAGCGCAUCGACAAGGUCAUCAUUGCAGUAUGGCUCUGGGCUGCUUCAGUCUCCCUCAUCUUCGUCGGUCUCGCUGUGCACUGGGACGCCAUCGGCCCUCAAUAUGUCGAAUGCGGCCUCGUCAACCAUCUCUGGCUCGGCUUCAUCGGCUUGCAGGCCGGCAUAUUCUCUACGGUCCCCAUGGCUUGGAUUGUAGGCUUGUGCCUGUAUCACAUCCGUCGUAUCUGGCGACACCAGGCAGCAAUGCAAGACUCGCUCCGGCCAACUUCUCAAGACUGUAUCGUCACUGUCGAAACCCACCACGAGACGCAUCACGACUUUCCAUCGUACAGCUAUGCGUCGCGCAGAUCGCCCGUUCCAUCAGAUCACAGCUUUCUCGAUGAGGGCCUGCAACUUGACACUGUCUCGGAAAAGGACGAGCGCGAAAGCCUGGGCGAUACAAUCUCGAUCAGAGGGCGUUCUUUCAUCGACAUCGAAGAGCCAAGCGAAAAAUCAGAAGUUCAUGCCGAACAGACUGCUCCCUUUGGUCAGUUGGUUCAGCUGCCCGACAAGCGCCCAGGCCGCCCAUCUCAUUUUGCCAAUUCACUCGCAUGGAUCUAUUUGCGGCUCGCUCUGCUGGGUCUACUCUAUAUUGGAGGGCAGAUCCUCUGCGCAGCUACUUUGAUCCAGUCGCUCAUACAGGGCUAUCCUCCCCGGACAUACUCUGCUGCCGAUCUGUCUAUCCAGGCAGUCUGCUUUGGACCAUUCAUGGUGUUCUGCAGCGCACCUGCUUGCGUCGAUUUCGCCGUCGAUAAAUGGCUCGAUGUCAAGGACAAACUGUCUAGACGACCUUCGAUUGAAUAG